AUGGCAGAAGCACCCAAGAUUGAACUUUUCAUUAAGGCCAGUGAUGAUGGUGAAGGAGUUGGCAACUGCCCAUUUUGUCAACGUCUCUUUAUGAUCCUCUGGCUAAAGGGGGUGAAUUUCACUCUCACCACAGUGGACAUGAAAAGGGCCCCUGAGGUACUGAAGGACCUUGCCCCAGGCUCCCAGCCACCAUUCCUCAUCUUCAAUGGAGAGGUGCGCACUGAUACCAACAAGAUCGAAGAGUUUCUGGAGGAAACCUUGGCUCCACCACAGUACCCCAAACUAUGCUGUCGCUACAAAGAAUCUAAUGGUGCAGGAGAUGAUAUUUUCCACAAAUUCUCUGCAUACAUUAAAAAUCCCAACCCUGGACUCAAUGACAUGUUGGAGAAGAAAUUUCUGAAGAGUCUGAUGAAAUUGGAUCAGUACCUGUUGACUCCCCUUCCUCAUGAGUUGGAUGAGAACCCAAAUGUUGCAGAGUCCACGCGAGACUACUUAGAUGGGAAUUCUCUCACUCUUGCUGACUGCAACCUGUUACCCAAGCUGAACAUUGUUAAGGUUGUUUGUAGGAAGUAUCGAGACUUUGAAAUCCCUACUGCUUUAAAGGGCCUGACCAGAUAUCUUGAGAAAGCCUAUCAACAGGAUGAAUUCCGCUACACCUGUCCCAGAGAUGCAGAGAUCCUGCUAGCUUAUCACUCUGUGGCCAAAUAUCUCAACAAGUAA